GCUCCCGGACGGCGCCCGCGGGAGGGUCCGAGGGCCGGCGGGCGCGGCAUGGAGGACGGCGUGCUCAAGGAGGGCUUCCUCGUCAAGAGGGGUCACAUUGUCCACAACUGGAAGGUGCGAUGGUUCAUCCUUCAGCAGAACACGUUGCUGUACUACAAGCUCGAGGGGGGCAGGAAAGUGACCCCUCCCAAGGGCCGCAUACUCCUGGAUGGCUGCACCAUCACCUGCCCUUGCCUGGAGUAUGAAAACCGACCUCUCCUGAUUAAAUUGAAGACUCGAACAUCCACGGAGUACUUCCUGGAGGCCUGUUCUCGAGAGGAGAGAGACGCUUGGGCCUUUGAGAUCACAGGGGCUAUUCAUGCUGGGCAGCCGGGGAAGGUCCAGCAACUCCAUAUAUUAAAAAACUCCUUCAAGCUGCCCCCUCACAUCAGCCUGCACCGCAUCGUGGACAAGAUGCAUGACAGCAGCACUGGAAUCCGGUCGAGCCCCAACAUGGAGCAGGGAAGCACCUACAAAAAGACCUUCAUAGGCUCCUCCCUGGUGGACUGGCUCAUCUCCAGCAACUUCGCAGCCAGCCGCCUGGAAGCCGUGACACUCGCGUCCAUGCUCAUGGAGGAGAACUUCCUCAGACCUGUGGGCUCCCGGAGCCUGGGAGCCAUUCGCUCUGGGGACCUGGCCGAGCAGUUCCUGGAUGACUCCACGGCCCUGUACACUUUCGCGGAGAGCUACAAGAAGAAGACCACCCCCAAGGAAGAAAUCAACCUUAGCUCUGUGGAAUUAAGCGGCACCGUGGUCAAACAAGGCUAUCUGGCCAAGCAGGGCCACAAGAGGAAAAACUGGAAGGUGCGGCGCUUUGUCCUGAGGAAAGACCCGGCUUUCCUGCACUACUACGACCCUUCCAAAGAAGAGAACCGGCCAGUGGGUGGGUUUUCUCUUCGUGGGUCACUUGUGUCUGCUCUGGAGGAUAAUGGCGUUCCCACUGGUGUUAAAGGGAAUGUCCAGGGAAAUCUCUUCAAAGUGAUUACUAAGGAUGACAUACACUAUUAUAUCCAGGCCAGCAGCAAGGCUGAGCGAGUUGAAUGGAUUGAAGCUAUCAAGAAGUUAACGUGACAAGGUCCUCAUAGAACAGGACCAGGAUUCCCCUCCUACCAGAUGAUACAGACGGAUUCCCUGAAGAAAGGGAGUGUGUUAAGACUUUUCUUUGUAUAUUUUGUACUGCUUUGGAGUGAGGUGAAGUUCCUGAUUACAGCCCGUCCCUUAAUGCUAGAGCAGCCAUGAAGUGGCAGAACCUGACUUUUGCCCAUCGUCACAGCCAGCCAUUCUUCAGGCAACAACAUAGAUUUUCCUUGUUUCAACACUAACUCGCCAUGUUGUACUAAUGAAACGUCUCGUGGGAGUUCUCACCCAUGAAAUACUGUCAAUAACUCUUGACUCCUUUGGAAUAAACACUGGCAUUUGUUUCUGGUUAUUAUAAUUCCUGCAUAAACUUCUAUAGUUUUCAUACUUGAGGUUACACAAAUUUUGCAAACUAAUUAUGGAAAUAUCUCAAGUGAUCUGCCAGGUGAUAUGCUUCAUCUUCAAGUGGGGGUGGUGGGAAAAUUUUGGUUCAACAGAGAGUAUUGUUUUGCUUUGGAAAAUAAGCCUACGUAAGUAUUAUACAUUGCAGAAAAGAAAUCAUGGACUCAGUUGGAAAGAUUAGCCACCAUACAAAAAAAAAAAAAAAAAAAAGGUAAAAUUAUAGCUGUGAAAAGUGGCAUUCAAAGUGAUGCCCAGCAAGCAAGACUUGCCAAAGGACAGAAGCAGGAGCUCUCUAAAGAACCAAAAGCUAGAACUGGGAAAUGAGGCAUGAAAAUUAGGUUCUAAAGUAAACAUUAACUGAGACAAGUAGGUACCAAGAUAACUUCACCAGUCAGGGUAAUCUGAAGUAGUAAAAAGUCUGCAUCAUAUUUUUAAAAACAUUUUUAUUAUUUUCAAGUUCAUACAGUCAUCUGGCACAAGUCACUGCUAGCAUUCCUGCCAAGUACAAGUGCUUAGACUUCUUUUAAUGAAUAGGUAAGAUAUGUAACUUACAUUUAAGGGGAAUAGAUACUUCCA